AGUAAUAACGUUCAGAGAAACAGGACAUGUCUGUUCCUGCUGCCUCUAACCUCACAUUCUCACUUUCUCUCCUUCACUAUCACUUUCUCUCUCUCUCACUCCCUCGUUCUCCCCGCUCACUUGUUCCUUCUUGCCCCUGGUUUUGUCAGAAAGUCAUCGAUUUCAUGCGAGUAGGGCCAGAGAGAGGGAGAGGUGCGAGCGAAGCGGCGGAGAUCUCUCCCCCUGCUCGGUUGGUCGGUUAGUUAGUCAGAAAAGUCACUUGUGUUGUUUUUAUAGGCAGAGAGUCGACAGAAGCUGAAUCACUCAGAAACAGAACAUCAUGGCUGUGAAAUGUCGGGCGGCAAAACAAACGGAAUGGGCUUGAGGAGGCGUCGGGAGUGACACGUGGAGUCUGACUUUAGCGGGCUCAUUAUGUAAGGAAGCUCAUUAAACACAAAACCGUUGAGCUGCUGCAGAACAGUCAGAAGUUUGAGUCUUUAAAGCCGCAUGAAGGACAGAAAGCAUUUUGUGAUCACCUGCUACUGAAACACAAGACCACACACACCAUGAGCCUGUUCACAGUGCAGUCAGCCUCCCAUCCUGCUGAGGACCCGGCCUCGCCCCCACCCAUGACCACUCCUCCUCGCAAAGCCUCCGUCCGUCUGCAGGAGAGGCGGGGCUCCAACCUGUCUCUGCUAUUGGACGUGAGUACUCUUGGGUUGGAGACUGUGUGUUCUGUGUCCACCCCAAAAGAGGUGUGGCUUCAGCUGCUCCACACCUCCUCCCGCCCGCUCACACACACCACGCUGCAGCAGGCCGCUUUGGACAUGCACACACAGAACGCAGAAUACCAGAAGAUCCCGCCAAACUUUGUGAGCGCUGCGGAGCUCGAUGUUCCGGGCCACACGAUCAAAGACAGAUAUAAAACCAUCCUGCCCAACCCUGAGAGCCGGGUGGUCCUGAAGAGCCCAGAGGAGGAGGCGGGGCCAGAUCGCUACAUCAACGCCAACUACAUCAGGGGUUAUAAAGGAGCUCCCAAGGCCUACAUCGCCACCCAGGGGCCGAUGCUGCACACUGUCGGGGACUUCUGGGACAUGGUGUGGCAGGAGAGGAGCAGCAUCAUCGUCAUGGUUACCAGACUCAAGGAGAACAACGAGAAAUGUGAGCUGUACUGGCCACAGCCGAGGGAGAGGAGGAGGAGGAGGAGGUUGAAGGAGGAGGAAGAAGAUGAGGAGGAGGAGGGGGGGAACACCAGUCAAUUUGGGAGAUUUGUCCUGAGAGUGACCGACAGCCGAGAGAAAGAUGGGUUCACUGUCACUGACAUGGAGAUCCAGCUGUGUGCAGAACGUCGUCACGUCAGACACUACUGGUUCACCUCUUGGCCUGACCACCACAUCCCACAAUGCACCGCUCCUCUGCUGAGACUGGUGGAGGAGGUGGAGAUAUACAGAAAGUCUCUCCUCCCUCCACCCAGCUCUCAGCCAAUCACAGACGACGUCCCAGGCCCUGGACCAAUCAUCGUGCACUGCAGUGCAGGGAUCGGGAGGACGGGCUGUUUUAUCGUCAGCAGUAUCGGCUGUCAGCAGCUCAGAGACACGGGUCAGGUGGACAUCCUGGAGACGGUGUGUCAGCUCCGACUCGACAGGGGUGGUAUGAUCCAGACCACAGAGCAGUACCAGUUCCUGUACUCCACACUGGCCCAGUACAGCUCCCAGCUCCAACACAAACAGGAGCAGAACCAAACCCAGAACCAGCCCAUCACACUGCCACAGAACCAUCAGAGUCCAGAGGAACCGGUCAGCCUUCAGCUGCAGAACCUUCAGCUGGACGACACGCAGAGACAGAAGAACUGAGACCACGCAGAUCCUGGAGAACCAGCAAAGCCCAGUACGGAGCUAAAGAAACCUGUGAGGCAUCAGAACCAGCAGCAUGUAAAAAAGAAUAUUAACAGGACCAGGAAGACAGAACCAAGUGGUACGAACGACAGCAAACAGACACCAGCAGUCAAACCCAGAGAUCUGAUGGACUUACAGACGGAGGAUUUGGAGAACCAGCAGGGUGAGAAGUUUAAAAAACACAAAAUGACAGAAUAACGGGGUCUUUGGGUCCGAGAGGAAAACCAACACAUCAGAAACCAAGAGAACCGAAGCAGAAGAUCCAAACAUGGGGGAAACAAAACCAGAGGAUGUUUUUGGUAUAUUUACUUAAAGAAAAAGAAGAAUUGUUUCAGCUUGAAUGUUUUAAAUCGUUUGGAUGAACUGAUCCUUUAAAGUCUGCAGACGGGUCAGUCAUCAGGAGAGAGUGAGGUGUUCAGGUUUUUAUUUAAAAGAUGUGUUAAAGGACGUUAAUGAGGCUGCAGCUCUUAUUAUGAAUAAACCUGCUGAAUGUUG